AUGCGUCAGCACUUCUCCCCGCUCGACGUGCUGUCAGACCGGGCUGUCCAGGAGAAGUACCGGCUGCCCCUUACGACCAUCCGAUGGCUGAUCACUCUGGUGACUCCACACAUCCAGAGAGCAUCCUGCCGCAAUUUUGUCCUCAGCCCGGAGGUGCAGCUCCUGGCUGCUCUGCGUUUUUACACAGUGGGGAGCUUCCUGGAGGUGGUGGGGGACGGCACCAGCCUCAGCAAGGCGUCUGUGUCCCGGAGUGUGGCAGCUGUCACACCCAUUCUCCUGCGCCAUGCCCGGAACCACAGUAAGAUGCCCACCACACGGGACGAGGUCCGUCAGGUCCAUCAGGGGUUCCACGCAGUGGCUGGGAUCCCCCGGGUGAUCGAUGUGGUGGACGACACCCUCCACCAUUCCUAUCCUCAAUCCCUCCCUGGUGGAUCCGUGCUGGAUCAGCAGGAAGCACUACGCGGCCAUCAACACACAGGUGGUGGUGGACCACAACGGCACAUCACUGACAUCGUCGCCAGGUUGCCAGGAGGCACACACGACAGCUUAAUUUGGGCCAACUACGCUGUGGGGCAGAAGGCUGGCAGAGAAGAGUUUGGUCUUCUAGGGUAUCCUCCUAGGGGACAGUGGCUAUCCUCUCCGGAGUUACCUCGUCACGCCAGUAACCAACCCAGCAACACAACCAGGACGAGGGUUGAGCGGGUGUUUGGCAUGUGGAAGUCCCGCUACAGGUGCAUUCAUCGUUCGUUGGGGGGGCUGCGCUUGUCUCCACACAAGUGUUGCCGUGUGAUUGUUGUCACUGCCAUGCUGCACAACAUCGCAGUGCACGUUGGCGCAGUUGAGCCACCUCCUGUGGAUGACGGAGAGGAACAUCCAGAGGACGAAGCCCCCGAACCCCACACCCCAGGAUGUGCGAGCAGUGCUCCAUCAGGCUGGUGCCCGGACUAG